AUGACUAAUUUAGAUGUACAAGAGUUUGAUAAUAACAUGCAAGAUAAUGAACAUAGAAGUAAGAUUUUAAAUAACGAAGAUUCAACUUUGAAUAGUUCAGAUAAACAUAUACAUUCAUAUAAAAGUAGAUUUUCUACGACAGAAAAGAAAUGUCUUGAAGAAAUGAAUAAUAUGUUAUUAAAAAGUUCUUAUAAAUAUGCCCCGAUAGAUUCAACAACUGAUAAAGAAAUUUCAUCAACAAAUUGGAGUAGAGAAGAAAUAGCAUUAUUUUGUUUAAGAAGUUAUGGAAAUGAUGUAGAGCAAGCUUGUAAAUCUUAUAAAGCAUUUACUACACUUAGAUAUAUAUAUAAUAUAACAAAAAGUUUUGAUUUAUCUGUAUGUAAUCCCAUAAUUGUAUCACAACUUAAGAGUGGGAAAAUUACAAUAUUAGAUAAAUUAGAUCUUCAUGGAAGAGUAGUAAUAAUGAUUAAUUUACAUUAUAAGAAACAUGAUAUAAGUCCUGUAGACCAAAUUACUGCUCUAUUUUUAUUUAUUACAGAAAUAAUAAUGAGGGAAAACCCUUUUUCAAAACCAGCACAAAGUAAUGGUAUGAUUUUAUUAGUUAACUCUAGGAAAACUAGACAAUGGGAAUUCAAACUUGAUAUAUGUCUAAGAUUAUCAAAGAUAUUAUCUAAUUACUUUCCAAUUAGACUUGGACAAAUUCUAAUAUUUAGACCACAUAGAAUUGUAAAAAUGGUUUUCAAGGUUAUUUUCUUAGUUCAUGUAAAUUUGAGAAGGAAGUUUCAGAUAAUUAAUAAGUUAUAUGAAUCACCUGGUUCAAUAACAGAAUUUGAUGCUUUAUCUCACUUUAUAGAUAAAUAUUAUAUUCCUACAGAAUAUGGUGGAUAUUAUGAAUUUGAUUCGCAUACGUUUUGGUCUGCAAAAAUUCUUGAGUAUAAUCAAACCACUGUACAAUAUAAUUUACAAGAUAAUAAUGUUGAAACGCCAACUAUAAAUAUUUUGAAAGCAAUUGAUUGA